UUACUAUAUAAUCACAAACAAAACAGGAUGUACAGCAUUUGUGUCCGGUAAAUGAUUUCAGAAAAGUGGUUAGAGAAAGUAAUCCAUAUUAUUGAAGUGCAACCUUUGGAACUCAUUGGGACUCGACAGGCACAGAAAACAGAGGGGUUGUGUGUGUGUAACCAACGAUGACUUCCCAGUCGCUGCCACCUCAAAUAGAGCCAGUCCUGAACAACGUUGAAAAUAGAAGAACCUCAAACAAGACAACAGAAAUCAGCAAAGUUGACUUGCAUGCCAGGGGCCAAUGGGCCAGCAAAUCUGAGUUCCUUCUUGCCGUGGCAGGCCAGAUCAUUGGCCUGGGGAACGUGUGGAGGUUUCCGUACUUGUGCUACAAGAAUGGAGGAGGUGUGUUCUUUGUACCUUACCUUUUGUUCCUGGUGCUGUGUGGCAUUCCUCUGUUCCUCCUGGAGACAUCUCUGGGCCAGUACACGAGCCUAGGCGGUGUCAGCGCCUGGAGAACCAUUUGCCCAAUAUUAGGAGGGCUCGGCUAUGCAAGCCAGAUGAUGAUCCUGCAUGGAUGUGUGUACUACAUCGUCAUACUGGCUUGGGCUCUAUUCUAUUUGUCGUAUAGUUUUCAGGAAGAACUGCCCUGGUCACACUGUAAUAACUCGUGGAACACUGAUGCUUGCUUCAUGUAUGACCAUCGUAACCAUACAGCCAAUUUAAGCAGCCUGCCUGAGAACACCACGUCACCUAUCAUGGAAUUUUGGGAGCGAGAGGUGCUCCAACUUUCCGAUAGCUUAGACGAGCUUGGUCCUAUAAGCUGGAAACUUGCACUGUGUCUUGCCCUUGUCUGGUUCGUCUGUUACUUCUGCGUGUGGAAGGGUAUUAAGUCCACAGGAAAGGUUGUGUAUCUCACAGCCACCUUUCCAUAUGUGAUGCUGUUUGUUCUGCUGGUGCGUGGUGUCACUUUGCCUGGAGCAGCCCAGGGAAUCAUCUACUACCUCAAACCUAACCACACUCGCUUGGCAGACCCGCAGGUAUGGAUGGAUGCAGGCACCCAGAUCUUUUUUUCGUAUGGAAUCUGUUUGGGGAGCCUCACAGCCCUUGGCAGUUACAACAAAUAUAACAAUGAUUGCUACAAGGACUCGUACUUUCUGUGCCUCCUGAACAGUAGCACCAGUUUCCUUGCAGGGUUUGCCAUCUUCUCAGUGCUUGGCUUCAUGGCAGAGGAGCAAGGAGUGGACAUCGCCACUGUGGCUCAGUCCGGGCCUGGCCUGGCCUUCAUCGCCUUCCCCAGAGCUGUAGCCAUGAUGCCUAUUCCUCAACUCUGGGCCAUCUGCUUCUUCCUUAUGAUCAUCAUGCUGGGGCUGGACACACAGUUUGUGAGUCUAGAGGCGUUGAUGACAUCUGUGACCGACUUGUACCCCCAUCUGAUCAGACGCGGCUACCGCAGAGAGCUCCUGCUGCUGUUUAUCUGCGUUGUAUGCUUCUUGAUCGGGCUGAUUAUGGUGACGCCGGGUGGUCUGUAUGUGUUCCAGAUAUAUGAUCAUUUCUCCUGCAGUGGAGCCAGCUUAUUACUUCUCUCCAUCUUCCAGUCUAUUGCAAUUGGCUGGAUCUAUGGUGCCGAGCGCUUUUGUUCAAACAUUAAGGACAUGACGGGUCACAAUCCCCUGCUUGUCUUCAAGCUGUGCUGGAAGUAUCUGACGCCAGCCGUGUGCACAGCUACCUUCUUGUUCUCCUUGGUCUGUUGGUCUCCAUUGAGCCUCGGGAAAGGCCUGGUCGCUCCAAGUUGGGCAACAGCACUGGGCUGGCUCCUCACCUUAUCCUCUGUGUCUCUGCUUCCAAUCUGGGCCAUCUAUGCACUCGCCAUGACGCCUGGCACCCUCACACAGCGUUUUCACACCCUGUGCAAACCCACCGUAAAUUCUCCACAUCCCGGCAUCCUGGCCGAAUACAGAUCUGCAGUUCCCCUCAGCGAGAAGCCAAGGAAAGUAGUUGACGACGUCAUUUGAAACGACGUGGCUAAGCAUCGAUUUGUGAUGCACUGAAGCUAUCCAGAUGUGAUCAAAAAGGGUGGACUUGCUUUGGAUCUAUGACCUCUCCAGCUAUGCACGCCAAGCAAAUACAGUUCAAUUUGUUAUGGUAGAAUUGUUAUUUGAUUCUUUCUUGACGGUACUUUUCGGUGCAGGAUUCUCAAUGAUAAAUGUUUACAAUACCAGUUUACUAAACUUUACGUUGUAGUUGUGGUGGCUACAAAUACUACGGUUCAGUGAUGAGUUAAUAGUCUUCACUUCUGCACAAAUCAAAUCCUCUUAUGUUUCCUGUUAAGGGAAUGGCGGGAUGUUAGCAUCACUGUACUGUCAUGUUUUUUUUUUUAUUAUUAUUAUUGAACAAAUUGGUGGGUAACACUCUUGCACAGCUAUGAUUUACAUGGCACAUUGUAGUUAUUGCCAUAUUGGCUGCAAGCUCAGCAGUUGAGAAUCAGAUAAAUCGAUUUUAGGACACAACAACAAAUCAUUUCACUGUCUUUUCUUGACCUCGAUUGUAUCUUAACAUACAAAGUAUGCAUUGCUUAUUAAUUCUUUGGGUUCAUUUCUACAAAUUUGGUUGUGAAGUGGGAAAUGAUGCCGCCAAAAAAAUCCUUGACUUUACAUAUCAACAGUGUCUAUUUAAAAAUUGUGUCUCCUCCUGUAUUUGAUCAUUUGUUAAUUGUGUCUAUGUGUGUCCUGGCUGGCAUCCAGUUUACAGUGUACCCCGCUUCGGCGCCGACUGACCAAAGUCGUGAGCGGCUCAGGUAGUGGCUGAAUGGAUAAUUUUGUUCCACAUAAAUGUGUGAGGGGAAAACUGUGAUUGUAAAAUAUGUGAUUCCUAUUCAAUUGGUAUCACUCAAGAGGCAGCUCAUAGCAAAACUUUCUGUCAUCAUUAUUAAUUAAUACUGUACUGUAACCAAUUGUGACUUUGCAAAGUAAUUGUACUCCAAUUAUUUCGCUGAGACAUAAAACCUAGUUGCAAUAUUAGGGCAAGAUAUUUCUGGCAUGAUUGAUAUUUACUUAGCUGCAUACACGAUGUGAAUAAAAAAGUGUGCACAUGUUCUUUUA